UGGGGUAGGACUAGCAGUCCCGCCCUGAACAGGGCUGAGGAUGGCUGUGCCUGGCUACUUCCCGCUGCUGGUCGAGGGGUCCUGGGGUCCUGAUCCCCCGAAGAGCUUGAUCACCAAGUUGCAGUUGUACUUCCAGAGCCCGAAGAGAUCUGGAGGCGGGGAGUGUGAGGUCCGACAGGAACCAUGCAGCCCGGCCCGCUUCCUAGUGCUCUUCCACCCGCUUGACGUUCGGGAGAACGUUCUGGAGAGAGAGAACCAUGAGUUAGCAUUGCCAGGAAGAGGAACAUUUAAGUUAACGGUCAAGUUGCCUCCAGACCCAAAUGAAGUCCAUGAUGCCUCUAAGGAGAAAAUUCCAGCAACGGAAUCCAAGGCCAAAGAACAUGCCAAAGAACCAGAUGCAUCAGAAGAUACACAAAUCUCUCUCAACAAAAGAUCAGAAAAAAUGGAAGAUAUCCCAAAGCAAUGUGAAAAUAUUCCCUCUUUGGUUGCAUUUGAAAAUCUCAAAGCAAAUGUGACUGACAUGAUGCUAACCUUGUUGGUGGAGAACAUAAGUGGCCUGUCCAGUGAUGAUUUUGAAGUGGAAAUAAUACGAGAUUUUGAUGUUGGCGUAGUUACCUUUCGAAAAUACAUAGAUGCCAUGAAAUUUGUUGAAGAUUGUGCCAUGCACCAUUCAGUGACACGACUUCAGCUUUCUCCAAGACUUCUGGAAAUGACAAAAACAAUCAGGGUUGAAAACCUGCCACCUGGUGUUGACUCCGAUAAUUUGAAAUGUUUAUUUGAAAAUCCUCAAAAUGGAGGGGGAAGAAUUGUCAGUAUUGAAUGUUUUCCUGAAGAGAGUUCAGCUCUGAUAGAAUUUUUUGACAGAAAAGUGUUAGACACCAUCAUGACCAAGAAGCUUGACCUCAAUAAUAUGCCGCUCUCCGUGUUCCCAUAUUAUACCUCCUUGGGCACAGCUCUGUAUGGAAAGGAGAAGCCUCUGAUCAAGCUUCCAGCACCAUUUAAAGAAUCUUUGGAUCUUUCUUUGUGGAAGUUCUUACACAAAAGGAAUCAUCUGAUUGAGGAGAUAAAUGAAGAAGUGAGACGUUCUCACUGUGAGCUAACAUGGUCCCCACUCAAUGGUGAAGUUACCAUCAGCCCUGCAGCCACCUUAGUCAAUCAAGGAAGAAAAAGAAUCAAGAACUGGAAGAAAGAUGCUUCCACAGCCUUCUUUGGCAUCAGGUCUAGAUUUAAAGUUAGCCCAUUUAAAGUGGACCCAGUAGUGUGGGACAUCAUGAAAAAUGACUUAGAAGAUGAAAGAAUUUUGAUUGAGUUUGAUACAGGUAUGGGGAUUGUAACCUUAGUGGGGAAAUCAGAGGAUGUACAAAACAUUGAGCCACAAAUCAAGGAAUUAAUAGAAAAGGCCACUCAAAAAAUUAAAAGAGAAGAGCAAAGUCUGAAGGGGAAAGUGGCCAUGUCUCCAAGAAAGUAUUCUCUUUUGUGCCACAGUGGUGUGCAGGAGCGUCUCCGCAGGGAGUACCCAGAGAUGGAGAUUUUUUAUGACAGAGCCACCCAACACAUGUGCUUUAAAGGACUAGGUAUAGAUGUGUAUAAAGCAAAGUGUGAAGUCCAGGAAAAGGUGUACACCAUGGUUCAGAAAAGCAUUCAGCUUCCCCCGGAGGUUUUGCAGUUUUUGCAACAGAUCGACUGUUCAGAACUCUCCAAGUCUCUUUUGAUAGCACAGAAAAUUCUUGCAGUUUAUGAGCUAGAGGGCACAACUGUUUUCUUAACCGGCUGUUCUUCUGAAGUCCUCUUAGAAGCUGAGAAGCAAAUGGUCAGUGCCUUAAGUUAUAAGCGCAUAGACAUUGAGGACAGGGAAGUUCUUAACAGCAAGAAAUGGAAAGCCAUCACUAACAAUUUGCCGAAGAAACAUAAUUCCUCCUCAAAGACUGUAAUGAUCAAUGAGUUAACUUCAGGAACCACAGCUGAGGUCAUUAUUGCAGGCUGCGUGAGAGAAGUAAAUGACAUCUACCACUUCCUUUUUGACUUUGUGGAAAAAAACAUGAAAAUAGAGAGAUUCCUUGAAAUAAAGCCUCCAUUAGUGAUUGAUUAUUUAAAGGCAGAGGAGAAGAUAUUCUGGCAAAAGAUAAAGAUGAACAAGCUAAAUGUCCAUGUAGAUUUCAAUGCUAGGAACAAACCAAAAGGCAUUUUACUAACUGGCUCAAAGGCCGAAGUCCUGGAGGGAAUGAACAUCCUCAAACAAGCCAGGGAUUCAGUUUGUGUUAAAAGCAUCAGUAUUGAUAAGCCAGGAGCCAGCCAGUCCUUCCGGGAUAGACCAUGGUAUUAUAAACGUGAGGUACGGUCAUUUGGUUGUUUUGUGGAACUACUGCAGAAUGAAGGACAGAAGGAGGGAGGUGGCAGUGAUGGGCAGAAGUGCUCCUGUCGGACAGAAUUGGCCCCUGGAGUCUCGCUGAUUGUACAGCAAGGCGACUUGACACGGUUUCCUGUUGAAGUGGUGGUGAAUGCCGCAAAUGAGGACCUCCGUCUCAGUGGGGGCCUGGCUGCUGCUCUUUCAAAGGCAGCUGGCCCUGAGCUCCAAGCAGACUGUGACCGGAUAGUGAAGGAAAAGGGUAAGAUCGCAAUUGGCCAUGCCACCAUCUCAAAACCAGGAAAGCUCCCAUACCACCAGGUGAUCCAUGCAGUAGGACCCAAGUGGAACAGCAGUGAUGUUCUGGGGUGUGUGUUACAGUUAAAGAAUGCCGUGAAAAAAAGUCUCCAUUUGGCUGGUAAAUGCCAGUACCAAUCCAUAGCCAUCCCUGCCAUUAGUUCUGGAGACGGUGGCUUUCCCUUAUCCCAGUGUGUGGAGACCAUUGUUUUGGCCAUCAAGGAAUCCGUCCAGUAUAACUGGGCUGGAUGCACCUUGAAAGAGGUUUACCUUGUGGAUUUAGCUGAGAAGACUGUUGAGGCCUUUGCUGAAACUGUGAAAACUGUAUUUAAAAACAACAAGCCUGGUACUGCUUCCCUGCCCAGUGUACCAUCAGGAGUCCAGCCGGGCCCGAGAAACAAUGAUGGAAACAGACAAAUGCUGCUGUGCCCAGGAGGUCUGAGGAUCCUGUUGGUGAAAGGAGAUGUGCAGAAUGCUACGGCUGAUGUUGUUGUCAACUCCAUUCCUUGGGAGCUCAACCUUAAUAGUGGGCCCCUUUCUAAGGCCCUUUUGGCAAAAGCUGGGCCAAAUCUCCAGAAGGAAUUGAACGCAGCUGGACAAGGGAUAGCUGUUGACGUGGGCACAAUUCUUCAAACCACUGGCUGUAAUCUGCAAUGCUACCAAGUGUUUCAUGUGGUGGCUCCGAGCUGGAAAAAUGGCGACACAUCUUCACACAAGAUCAUGCAAGACAUAAUCAGAAAAUGUUUGGAAAUGACUGAGAACUUGUCCUUAAACUCAAUUGCGUUUCCAGCCAUAGGAACAGGCAUUUUGGGGUUUCCUAAGACUGUUUUUGCUGAAUUGAUCAUUUCGGAAGUGUUCAAAUUUAGUAGCAACAAUGAACCAACAGCUUUACAAGAGGUUUGCUUUGUGCUUCACCCGAGUGAUCACGGAAAUAUUCAGGUACAGCUUCACUCAUUUCUGGUUAUUUUGUCAACUGAGCCCUAAUGGUAUCCAAUGUCU